UUCAUAUUAUCCCGGAUUACUCUGAGAUGAAGAAAGACCGAUAUCUGGUCCUCUUUCCGCAAAUACUGCUCGUGUUGUCCGUCAGCACCGAAAUGACAUCAUUUGUGUUUGAAUCAAAACUACGGCUCGAAGACGCGGCCAUCAAAACCAGCGGCGAACUAAUGGACACAACAAAUAUAUUCGAGAUAACGGCCGCCGACGACAAGUCAAGCGGCGGUCAGACGUCGAGCAUAUCGUUUAUAAUCCAAUGCCCAACGAUUGACGACUCGAAGAAAUGGGUGGAAUUGUUGCAGAAAUAUAUAUUACAUUCGCAGACAUUGAAACACAAUCCCGGGGCCGCCGGUCCGCCCCUCCCAACCAAUCACAGCGUUGACGGCGCCGUCGUUCAGCAGCGAUCGGCCGCUCCGUCGAUACACAGCGCCGACGGUUCGGUCAGUUCUUUGGCGUCGCCGGCGGUUAUACUGAACGCAUCGCAAUCGUCGCAACGGAUUGGUGGCCAAACGCCGCCACACGUGAGCCGUAUUCACACUUAUUGGACUAAUAAGUGUUUGUUACCGCAUCCGCCCACUCGUAUUAGGCCUCACAGCGGGACCGGCGCUGCCGUCACUGCACCCGUUGUCGACAAAAAAGGCAAUUUGAGCGCAAACGACGAUAUGCUUAUAUUGCAAGUCAUUGAGGGUUAUUGUAAUACCGGUCGCGUUCGGCAGCCUUCGACCGCAGCUUAUUCAGAGAGUCCUCAGGUGUAUGUCGUGGACGAGGAGAAGCCAAACACUGGCAGCAAUUCAUCAGUUAAUAGUCUGCAUAGAAACGGAGAUUUAGUUAAUUCAGAAACGGAUUUAAGAAAUGAGUUAAGACUUAUGAAAAUGGAGAUUAAGUCACUAUCGGAUGCCUUAAAAGCCGAGCGCCGGUCGCGUCGGAAACUGAAAGCCUUUGUAAUGGAGUGUCAAUUGAGUGCCAAAAAUACGCCAAAACCUUAAAAGCAAUUACUUUUUUGUUUCUGUCGAUUAUUGAGAGAGAAAAUCUAUUUUUACAAAUCAUUUUGGAUAUGGAUUUGAAUGCAAUAUUUGUGUAUAAAUUAUUGGUUUUAAUUUAUUAUUUAUAAAAAACAAAUGCAAAAACCAUUGACUGCUUCUUGUUUUUAUACCUCAG